AUGUCUGCGACACAAUUAGCAUAUUCCCUCCGACUUUAUGAGGAAACCUGCAAGGAUCUAUGCACAACUGCUGCUGACUUGAUUCAAAGGGCAAGUGAUGUUGAGUCCUCGACCUUGGAGACAUAUCGUCUUAGGCUAGAGUCUCAAAUAAAGAAGUAUGAAGAACUCAACUUUAAGUACUUAGUUCAACUUGGAGAAGGGUUCUCUGAGCAAGACCCUGAUAGAACACAGCUCACUGCAAAGCGGCGUCAUGCCAACCAAGUCAUCACAGAGAGCACUGAAGUUUUGGAGAAACUAAAAAUCAUUUGCAUGGAAGCCAAACCCCAGAACUUGAGAGCUGUUGACAAAUUUAAUUACCUGAAGGGAUGUUUGAAGGGUGAAGCUCUAACUCUGAUUAAAAAUAUUCUUGUCACGAAUGAAAACUAUUUAGACGCCAUUGACCUGUUGAAGAAAACUUAUGCUAAUCCAGAGAAAAUAACCUCAUCUCUAAUUUGUCAACUAGCAGGCCUGCCUAAACCUUCUGCAGAUCUGGAUUCACUACGUGGCUUCUGGGCUAAACUUGAACAAUAUGUUAGAGGCAUAGAAAGAAACAAACCUAAUUCGGAUCACUGUACCUGGACGCUUGGACCUCUAGUUUUUCAAAAACUACCUGGCAAGGUGAAAGAACAAAUCCAAAACAAGUGUGGACGGGACUACCCCUCACUCCUAGAUAUUAGAGAGGGGCUAGGAAAGAUAAUCCUGACCUUGUCUUCCUUGGAUUUUGAACCCAGGGAUAAGAACAAGGAUUACUCCCAUAGAAAACCCAAGCCUAACCAAAGUUUCAAUAGACCAGGUAAUCAGACCAAAACUCAGGUUAGUUCUUACACCCCUAAGAAAAACGAAGUUACGAAUCUGAGUAUUUCUGUCACUCCAGGACAGCCUAAUAAGACCGCUAGAACUCAAAGUUGUGUAUUCUGUGAUAGACCAGAACAUAAAGCCUACCAGUGUGACAUUUACAAGACCACGCAAGAGCGCAUUUCAAGACUUACCGCACAAAAUCGUUGCGUGAAAUGCACUUCACCUAACCAUAAGACAACCGAUUGUCUUGUGAAGUUCCACAAAUGUCUGUCGUGUAAAACUGGACUACACCAUUCAGCAUUGUGCCCUGACUCCUCAACUGAGGUCUCUGCUGUGAACUAUUGUGGAGACAAUGACAGUGACAAAGACUUAAAGUCACAAACAAGUGGAAUUCUCCCUACCGCCUUAAUGAAAGUGGUGUGUCCGCCCUCAGGGAACACCAAGGAACUUAGAUCACUGUUUGAUUCUGGGGCGCAAUGCACCUUCAUCACACAAGAGGCAGUGGAAGAGUGUAAACUUGUACGAGACAAUCCUGUCCAACUGAGCAUCAGUGGGUUCUGGGAUACCCAAAGAACUAGAGAAUAUAGUACGGUCACUGUACCUGUCAGGGUAAACGAUGACAGCCUUGUAACUUUAAAGGCUAUUGUCGUACCUAAACUACCUCAGAGCGCUAGGCCUCGUGGACUCUGUAAGAUAGUGUCUGAACUGAAGAGCCAGAAUGUCAUCCUAGCUGAUCCUAACUUGUCAAGUAGUCAGAUUGACCAGGUGAAACUGCUUGUUGGCAUAGAUCACUACUUUGACUUUAUCCAUUCUCCACAAGCAAACGGAGUGAACCUGAUUGAGUCCUCCUUAGGAUAUCUGGUCACUGGUAAACUGCCUAGUAAUGACACCCCUAUCAGUGCUCAUUCUGUAACUGUAAUGAGACUAGCAGUUGAUGAACCUUCCAAAGCUGCUCUAGAGAUACCACUUGAGAUGUCUGAUAGCAAAUUUGCUGAAGACCCCAUCCAACAGCUUUGGACCCUAGAAUCAGUCGGAAUCGUUGAUCCAGAUAUGUCACCUGAGGAUAAAUUUAUCAUCAAAGAACAACUGUCUCUCGGCUUCAUUGAAACAGUGCCAGAAGAAGACCAAAAACGGACAAAUGUCCAUUAUUUACCCCAUUUACCUGUGAUUAAGGAUUCAACUACAACGCCCAUUCGUAUUGUAUUUGAUGCAAGUGCCCGGAUGGACAAGCAGGCCCCUAGCCUGAAUGAAUGCUUAUACUCUGGCCCAUCCUUGACUAGUCAUUUAACCGACUUGUUGUUGAAAUUCCGUCUCGACCCAUUUGCGGUAUCGGCAGACAUCAGCAAAGCCUUCUUACGGGUAGGUCUCCAACCUAGGGAUCGUGAUUAUACACGUUUCAUUUGGCUAAAAGAUCUUAACAAUGAAAAGGACCUUCAAGCCUAUAGGUUUAGAUCAGUUCUCUUUGGAGCCACCUGCUCGCCUUUUUUACUCCAGUCAACCUUGCAACAUCACUUUGAAACCUACCCCACUUCACCUGAAGUUAGUUUCCUCAUGACCAAAUUUUAUGUGGACAACUUAAUUGGUUCCUUACCAACAACAGUCAGCCUCUACAGCCUUUACAAGGUUGCAAAGGAAGUCCUGUCAGAUGCCGGAAUGCCUUUAAGAGAAUGGAUCAGUAAUGACCCAACCUUCAACGAAAUGGUAAAACAAGAAGGUGAUGGAACAACAGAAGGCUCAGAUCUUGUCAAAGUUCUAGGACUUCAUUGGAACUACAAGACUGACCACUUAAGCAUAAAACCCCCUACCUUUGAGGAAGCUCCGCUUACCAAACGGCUACUUUUGAGCAACCUUUCAAAAGUAUUUGACCCUCUAGGAUUGUUUGCUCCCAUAAUUGUACGAGCCAAAGUUCUUAUGCAAAAGAUCUGGAAACUAUCUAAAAGGUGGAUGGAUGUUUUGCCACCAGAACUUCAAGAAGAGUGGUCGAAGAUCAAGAAAGACCUCGAGAACAUAUCAUACCAGGAAUUCCCACGCUUCACAGCCAACAGAGGGACCAACUACUCUCUUCACGUAUUCUGUGAUGCUAGUGAAAAGGCCUAUGGGGCUGCAACCUAUUUGAUGGACCAACACGCAGGUGCGAACCUAGUUUUCUCUAAAGCAAGAGUCGCCCCUCUCAAAAAGAAAAGCAUACCACAACUUGAGCUGACUGUCAACUAUAGUUAA